AUGCAGGAGGUGGCGAUUAAUUGGGGCGUUUUUCGUGAAUUAUUGGAAGAAUGUGGAGAGUUAGGUUCGGAUAGAGAUGGGGCGGAAUGGCUUUCUUUGAGGGGUGAUGAUUUCUCGGUGGCCUCAUGCUAUGAAAAGUAUGCUAGCUACCGUAUUCCUUUCGGUCCGGUCGGUAGACAUGAUGUGGCAAAGACUUUGGUUUGGAAGUCGGAAGUUCCUUUCAAGAUAAGGGCGUUUGGUUGGAGGCUUCUUGCAAAUAGGCUCCCUACGAAAGAUCUCCUCAUGAUUAGAGGUAUUUCGUUAUCUCCCGAAGCUUCCUUGUGUGCUUUAUGUAAGAUUGAUCCGGAAAAUCGGGAUCACUCUUUCUUUUCUUGUUCUUUUGUAAAGGAUAUUUGGAGGGACAUAGCGAUGUGGAUAGGUAAAGAGGGGUUAGAAGAGGAAGAGAGCCAUUCAAGUUUUAUGGAAUGGCAUUCCUUUUGUAAAUCUAAGAAAGUUUUAGAUAGGAAGGUAGACAUUAUUUGGUUAGCAACUUCAUGGGCUUUAUGGUUAAGUAGGAAUGGGGUUUGUUUUAGGGAAGAGCUUUGGAGUUUAGACAAUGUUGUUUGGAACAUCAAAGCUUUGGUGUGGAGGUGGUCUUUUUGUGGAGAAAAUACUCAUUCCAAUUUUUCUUAUUAUGAUUUUGUCAAAGAUCCGAUCCGGUUCUUAUCAUAA